CACGCGGCCUGGUCUCCAUGGUGACGGGUUAGCUUUGCGGAGGCUCCGGGCUAUGAAAGUGGCGGACUGGUGGCUGCUGUGGUGUCUUCGGAGAGUCGGGUGUCCUAGCAGGCCAACCCUCCGGCUCUCCCUUACAUAUGUUAGGCGGAGGUCAGCAGCAGCAGCAGCAGUAGUCCCGGUCUGAGUAGAACAUCAGAACUAUUCUAAAAAAAUGAGCAAGACAGAUGAAUCUGAUUCUGAUGGUGUACCAGACUAUGAAGAUGAUUUUGAGAAAGACCUCGACUGGCUUAUAAAUGAAGAUGCUGAGAAACAUGCCAGCAUCGAGAAUCACAAUGUUAAGGAACAGCUCAGUGAUUUGGAUUCUGACUCAACACAUUUAGAAAUAGACAAGAAUGAGAGUGACAGAUCCCCAAAUGGUGACAGACAGAUUGUCCACGAUGAUCCUAACCUCACAUUGGACUCGGCCUCUGACUUUGAGGAAGAUGAAGAGGCAAAGCGAUAUAUUGCAGAGAAGAUUGAAGAAGCUAACAAGAAAUUGGAAAUGGAAAUCAUAGAUGAAAAUCGUCAAAGAAAGCUCAAAUUCAAGGAGAGUCUGGUAGAUCUGGAAAUACCACCACUGGAAUUUCCAGACAGUCAUAGAAGUGAAGAUGUUACAGAUGGAGUUUCACAAUUAUAUAUUUCUGAUGUUUUAGCACAAAAAAUGGAGCAUCACGAUAAAAAUGGUGGCACUGAUAAAGAAUCCAAGGAUGGAAAAGUAUUAGUAGAGAAAGAAGGAAAGUUUGAACUUGUCAGUAUACAGGACGUUGAGAACCUGUGCUCUCUGCCACCAAUUAAUAACAAUAAUAAGGACAUUCCCAAAUCUCCAUCUCCGACAGUGCAGUCCAGUCAGUUUGGUACAGUGACUAAUGUAGACGGUGCAGAUGAGAAGAGCAUUUCCAGUAAUAAUAACAUGAAUGGCUUUAUCCCUCAUCCUCCUACUGGAUCUAAAGUCCGGCCCAGCUCUGCUAACAAUCUAAUGAAAUCUGUGCAUAAAGUAAAGCCACAACGGAGAGUGCAGUCUGCAAGUGUAUCUACUGGAAACACAACAUUCAGCCUCUCUGCUGAGCAAAAGCAGCAACUGAAAAGGUUUCAAGAAAGGCAAGAAAAACUUAGGAAAGAGAUGAAUAUGUUCUGUAAAAAGGAAGAAGAGCGUAAAAGACAAGAAGAAGAAGAAAAAAAGAGAGAAAAUGAGCUGGCUUUUAAGAUUUGGCUGCAAAGGAAAAAUGAACAACUUAUCCAAGCAAGAAGAGUCAAGCAGGCCAAGGAGCUGGAGGAGAUCAGCACAGCUGAUGAGGAGAGAGAUUCAAAAAAAGCUGUUGACGUUUGGCUUAAGAGAAAACAUGGAGAAUAUAUGACAGAAAAGAAGAUGGAGGAACUGCGAAAGCAGGAUACCUUUUUUCAUGAGCGAAAAGAAAGAGAAGAUGCUUUUGCACAGUGGUUAACAAUGAAGAGAAAACAAAAACGUGCCGAACAGCAAGCUGCUAAGGAGAGAUCUAGAAGACUUUUAUUAGAAGCCAGAAGAAGGAAGCAAAUAGACAACUUGCUGUACAGUAUCUCUGACUCCAAGCCAUUCUGUUACAUGAACCAUAUGUAACCUAUCUUUCAGUAUUUGUCAUUGACAGCAGCACUGCUUAAUACUCAAAUUAGUUUCUUUAGGAUGAUUUGAAAAAAGCUGUAUUUUAUUCCGUUAUUUUCUAUACAAUACUAUAUAUUUUUAUGUGAUAUCACAUAAUGUGUACGGACCUUUAGUUUUCAGAAUACAAGUAGUAAUAACAUUUUUAAAUGUUUUGAACCAUUUUAUUAUAUUUCAUAAGGUUUCCAUGAUGGUAAUUUAAUAUUAUUUAAAGUUAUGAACAGGAUGAAAUUCUACAUGCAUUGUGAAAUAACAUGGUGCACGCUAUAUGGCUGAAGCUUCACAGGUUAUUUUGUCAUGUGACUAUAGGUCAAAGUUACAUGCAAUGGUCCUACUCACCAAUUAGUUCCUUCACUUGCAAGUUGUAGUACAGCAAAUGAGGUUUAUAGUUACAUUAUUAAGAGACAGAUUUCCCACAGUUUAGACUUUUGUCCAGGUAGCUCUAAUCCCAAAAAGUAAACAACACACAAUCAUUAUUAUAUCCUUGCCAACAAUGGCAGUUUUAGUGUCAUGUACUUAUCAGAAAAAUAACUCCUUUUUUAAUUCUGCAAUAUUGUUAAUUGGAAACAAAUUUGUUUUAAAUCUAUAUUUUAAUAAUAUUUUAUAGUGUAUAGUGUGUUUUUUUUAACUAGAGAUACUCUGCAUAUUUCAUUACUGCAGUAAAUCUGAUCUGAGCUGCAGAAGUGCUUAAUAUUUAUGUUUUAUUAGCUAUCGAAAUGCAGUACGGAUGAUAAAACCUCAGUGUAUGAAGAUGAAUCAGUUGAAGUUUGAAUGCUUCAUUAAAUAAAAACUUUAGUUUGUUGUA